GGGCUCGCGCUCUGUGGACAGCGAUCAGUCGUUCUGUGUCCGUGGUAUACAAUGUGUGGCGAUAUGGGUAAGGCUGUUCUGAGGGCGCUCACCACGGCGCUUCUCUGUGGGUUGGUGUCAGAUGCUGCGUAUCUUCAGAGAUACGAGCCCUACGCCAUCCAGUACGAGCAGGCAGUGGUGCGCAAACCACUGCGUGAGCACGAGAAGCCGCAAGACCUUCGCAACGUCCCCGGAACUCCUGGAGUGGACUACCCUAUAUACCACAGCGUUCCGGAGACCAGUUUCUCCUGCGCUCAUGUUCCUGUCCACCCAGGGAUGUAUGCGAAUGUGGAGACUGGAUGUCAGGCCUACCACGUGUGUCACGACGGCCGUGAGGGUCACCAGGGUGCCUCGUUCCUCUGCACCAACGGUACACUCUUCGAUCAGGCCAAGUUCGCAUGUGACUGGUGGUACAACGUUGACUGCUCGCAAGCCAUCGAACAUUACAAGUUAAAUGCUGAUCCUCUCAAGAACCCAUACGUACCCAAGCCGAAGCCCGAGGAACCCCACCCCGUACACGAGCAAGUCGAGGAGCCACACGAAUACAUCCUCCCCCCACAGCAGUACCAGGAAUACCCUCAGGAUCACAACGUACCCCAGGGGAUAUACUAUAGGAAGCUAUAAGGACCGGCAACUGUCAUCACCCUAAAAUAUUUAAGGGGUUCAGAACCAGCAAUAUUUUUGAGCUAAGUGAGCCUGUAUUUCUAACAUCAACAUUACUGCAAUUUUCGUCAAUUUUAUGACUGGUCAUGCCAAAUAGACGCAGUGGAUUGCAACGGGCUGAUGAUGAUGAUGAUGCUAGAUAUUGGUAAAUUACAGAGGUAUUGUCCAAUCGAACUGUCUGCCUAUCCAUUGCAGUAAAAUAUUGCUGAUUCCGAGGUCCCUGAAGUACAUUUUAACAAAUAAUUUUAAAUCAUCUGUAAAUUAUGAAGAGUAUGUGUGUAUACUGUGACCGAUUUACAAUUUAAAACAUUGUGAUAUUUCAAAGCGGAAUGUAAAUAGAGUCUAAAUUCCCACAAAUCUUCGAAUUUCACACUUUCAUUUUCACUAUUAACCGUCAUAUUUGUUAAUAACCUGUCAUCAACAUCAGCCUUAUUAUCAAACUGAUUACACAUUAGUUCAUUACCAUUAUUUUCCAUUAUCGUUAUUAAAAAAUCAUAUCCAUUAACAUUAUUCACCCCAUAAUCAUCAGUCGUAAGGGUGAUGACCAAAUUAAUUUAUUGUGCAUCAAUCUCAUUCUUAUCAAAUUCCAUCAUCAUUUCAUUUCCUCGUGCCAUUCAUACGAUGGUUAAUUUAAAUGGUUCAUGUUCAAUCAUAUCGUAAUACUAUUCGUGUUGCCUUUCAUUUGUUUGGAUAUAGCGACAGUAGCAAAUUGUAUGACAUAGGGCAUUUGCUUAGCAACAAUGCACGAAAUUUAGUAUUAAAGUUAAAUUGUAUAAUGAUUUGGAUUAUUUAUUACUUGUUACUAAUAAGCUUCUUUGCUUUUCCAUUUUUAAAGAGUGACUAUUGUCUUUAUUCGUCUAAAACAAUUGAUAACUUUUAAAUUGAAGUGUCAAUUGUAAAUUUCAUCUGGUAAACGUUAAAUAUAAAAUCUAGGUGAUUUUUGUCUGAAGACUUAGAGCAUUUUCAAGCCAGUAUUAGCAUUGUAAAGGUUUAAUUUUGCACGAUAAACAUUUUUUGGAAUUAGCGUGAUUGUUUAAAAGACCUAGCCUUACUAAAAGUUUUAUAUUUUCUGUAGGUUUAGGUAUGUGCUAAGAAAAUUUUAGGUUUAAAAUGGAGGAUGAUGCCAUUAAUCAUGAAAUUCAGGCUUCUGUUGUUAGAUUCAAACAAUAAUACUCAAAAUAGAUUCGUGGAUAGGUAAGAAUUUGUAAAAUAUUUUUAAGAAAUAAACACAUUUUUCUUAUUUGAA